AACUCUGCCAGGCCUCCCUCUGAUGUGCCGUCCAAGAAACUCAUCCUCAAUUGCCAGGGAGAGAAAAGCAUGCUGUUGCCCCAGAACAGGAGCCAGCAGGAGCCACACGCACUGGAAACAACGCUUGCCUUUGCCAUCGAUCCCAGCGUGGGCUCCACCCCGGUUUAUGUGGAAACCCAGCCAUCCGCCUCGGACUUGGGCUUCGGCCCUCUUGUCGGAGCCGUGAACCUCGUCCCGUUGGUUCAAAUCGUGGAGCCCCUCAAGGCCGUGACGCUGGCGGUGGCUUCCCCAACGGAGGCCGUCCCCGGCCAGCCUUCUCCGGACGCGAUAGAGCAGCAGGUGGUCGAUCUCGUGGCCUCUUUGCCGCCCGCUCACUCCGCAGUUGGGGUCUCGGGGCCGUUUUGUGCCAAGAUGGUGGCCGCCACUGCCGACCAAGCCUUGGUAGUCGACGAGUCCGAGCGGGGUGCGCUCAUCAUCGAGAACAUCUCCAUCGAACCCUUCUUGGAGGCUGAACCUUCCGCCACCGUCCUCAGCUCCUCUACAGAGAUGGUGGCCUAUUUUGAGACCAUCCCCACCGCCCCCAUUGCAGCGGCCGCCUCGUCCGGCGUGACUCCCCCCGAGACCGUGCUCUCCUCGGCCCUCAGCCUGCCCAUCGUCUCCACCGUCCCCAUCGUCUCCAACCAGGCCUCCCUCACCAAGGAGGAGGAGGAGGAAGAAGACGAAGAGGAGGAGGAACUGGGAGAGCUGAGCUCGGAGGAGUCCACGGAGGAGCAGCUGGAGGAGCAUCGUUACCACAAGCACGAGGAGGGGGGCACGGCAGAGCUGGCGGAAGUGGUGCUCAGCCUGCAGAAGAAGGUGAAGGUGCUCCAGCAGCGGCACCGGCGGCACUGUGCCAAGCUGGAAGCCAUGGAAGGGGUGGUGGAGCAGCUCAGGAAGGAGAACCUGGUCUCCGAGGAGAAGCUGAAGCUCUUAGAGAUGGUAAGUCAAUACAGAGAUGGUUGCAACGUCUGCCUCUUAUCCCAGCCCCAUGGCAGCAACAUCGUCUUUGAAUGACUGUACUGGGAGUUA